CUCUAUGCUUGUCAAUUAGUGCUGCCGGACUUCCGAAAUUAUGUAGUAGUUUGUAAACAAACCAAAUUGGAAUUAAUUUUAUUUGACUAAAUUGACCAAUACAAUGCGAAUUAGCCAACAUUUUUCGCAGCUGUGGGAGAAACGCAGUCCCACUGCCAGCCACAUUGGUACCUAUAUCUUCUUUGCUCUGCUGCGCUUAGUCCUAGUAUUUGUGCCCCAGUUGGGCUAUGUACAUCCCGAUGAGUUUUUCCAGAGUGUUGAGGUGAUGACGGGGGAUCACUUUCGCUUGGAGCACACUCGCUCCUGGGAGUUCAAUAAUUCGAUGCCGGUGCGUAGCAUCACGCUGCCAUGGGCGCUGCUGCGUGUGCCCUGGAGCUUCUACGAGUUUUUAGCGUUGUACGUGCGCGACUGGUGGCACGUGGAGCUCAUUAAUAGCUAUGCGUAUCUGGUAUUCCCACGUCUGAUAUAUACGUUCAUUUCGUACAGUAACGAUUGGUGUUUGUAUCGCAUUUGCCGACUCUACGGCCUGCGCCAUGAAAUCCGGCUGCUGGCGCUGGGUAGCAGUUGGGUGCUGUUGGUGUUUGGUACGCGCACCUUCUCCAACUCACUUGAACUGGCCAUGUGCGCUUGGCUACUAUGCCUGGUGGCCGAGUGUAUGUUAAAGACCAAUACUGUGGUAUACAAAAAGGAAUAUCUUGAGGAGAAGUACGACAAGGCAGCUUCGAUAAGCGAGCGUGUAAAGAUCUGGAAGCUAAAGAAUGCACUACCCGCGCACAAUUUACAGCAUAUGUUCGCAAUGUCGAGCAUAUGUGUGGCCGGGGUCUUCAACCGGCCCACCUUCCUGCUCUUCGGUGCGCCCAUGGUCUUCUUCUGGCUGCUGCGCGGCAUGGGAACGCGCAGCGUUAGUUUUCGGGACUUUAAUCUACGCAUUGGACUCUUCUGCCUGUGCGCACUGCCAGCUCUGCUGCUGUUUAUCUUCUGCGACUCGCUAUACUAUCAGCAUCUGACCGUGGGCGAGCUGCACAUGCUGCAGGUGGGCAUUGACAAUUUCGUAUUCACUCCCUGGAACUUCAUAAAAUAUAAUUUGGAUCCGACUCAUACGGCCUCGCAUGGCGUGCAUCCGUGUUACGUGCAUUUGCUGGUCAACAUGCCGCUGCUCUUUAAUGUGCUCGGUCUCGCUAGUCUGGUGGCCUUCGCGCAGCUCCUGUUGCGCUUCUUCUGUGCCGAGUAUCAGCUGCUGCCGCGCUUUCAGAGCAUUGUAUCCCUGAUGUCGGGCGCGAUCUUUGUGCCGCUCUUUUUUCUGUCGCUCAUCAAUCAUCAGGAGCCUCGUUUUUUGCUGCCUUUAACAUUUCCUCUGCUGCUGCUGCAUGCACCGAAGCUGAUCACCGGUUUCAGUGCCACAUAUCCCUUCCAGACGCAACAUCCAAUGCUGCGAUGGCUCUACGAUCAUGUGCUCUGCAGCCGGGCCUCUGCGCCGCAUCUGCUGCGCAUUUGGUAUGUGUGUAAUGUGUUGUUAACGGUAUUCUUUGGCUUCAUACAUCAGGCAGGCAUCUUUCCGCUGGCUCAGCGGAUGGCGCAUGUGAUGGCUACUAAGCCAAUAGCCACACAUGUGCAUCUGCUUACCUCGCACACCUACAGCCUGCCGUUGCAUCUAGUCAAUGUGCCCAGCUCGCGAGAGCUGCACUUCAAUCCCCAGACACACCAACGUUAUAGGCGUCCGCGCGACUUCUAUUUAUACGAAUAUGGCGGCCUGGCAAUGGACAGCCUUCUGGACAAGGUGAAGCUAAUUUCGGGCAAUUGCGAACUGAAGCGGAAUGGCGCCACGCGACUGCGCUACAAGAUGUACCUGGCCAUACCUGCGCCACUCAGCGACGAGCUGCACGAGGCAUUGCAGCGCUCCAAUGCCAGCAGCUUUCUGCAUUUCGAGCUGAUUUCCGUAUUCUAUCCGCAUCUCUCUACGGAGGCGUUUCCCCGGCUGCGCGGACGCCAUCCCUGCGAUGUGGAUGCGCCGCACUGGAAGUACGACGAUCUGAGCGGCACCUGCGAAGUCGAACUGCCGCCAACGCUGAGCUUCGCCUACUUGAGCCGUCAGUUCAGCUCGUUUGUGCAUCAGUUUGGACUUGCGCUCUAUGAGAUCGAUGUGCGGCGCAAGCAGCCGCGUUCGCCUACACACACGCUGGAUCUGAACACAGCGCCAGCAACGCCGCUGCCCGAGUCCCCGGCGUAAUUAUGGGCACUGGGCGUAUCAAUGUUAUAACUGUCGCAUGAGUGUCUUAAACCAAAGAUUAAGCUAA